AUGUCUGGUCAACAGUCCUCCACUAGCACCCAAUUGCUCGUUCUUAACGAAAAGCGUUUGAAUCAAGCUGAAAGAGAGAAGAUGAUUCACCACCAGAAGGAACAACAACUUUCUGUUUGUGAACUCAAAGGUGUUGUUGUUACAAACGAUCGUUGCCACCAAGAACAUCCAAAAGAGGAGACCGAUGAAGGUCAACCAACCGUUAUUUCUCUUACAGAAAAUACAAGUAACCUUUCAAGACAGCACACUGAUAAAGGUCAAGAACCAUCUGAUGUUUCGACCAAACAGAAUGUUGAUCAUGACGAUGCAAGAACAAAACAAGUGAAUACAAAGAAAGAGGUCAAAGAAGGACCUUUGGCUGUGCUUGAAAAAGACAAGAUUCAUGAAGAGGAUAUCAUUGUUCUCGAACAAGAAGAAAGUUCCUCUGAUUCAAAUGCUCCACAACAAGGUCAAGGCGAUAGUACGACUACUACUUCUGAGAAUUGUUUCAUCUUUAUCGAAGGACUUCCUAAGACACUUAAAACCGUUAUUGGAAGUGCAGGAAAUGUGAACACUGAAGUGAGCGAACUUUUGAAACAAAAGAUUCAGGACUUAAGAGCAAACUUUGCAAAAAUUGUGCAAAAUCAUUCACAAAGCAAAUUCAACAAGAUACAGUAUUUUCAACUUCCAAAAGACCCAUCAUCCCCAGAGUACAACUUUCAAAAUUUAGAUGGUACAAAGAGUACGAGAGAAACAAGAGAUGGUUUACCUGACUGGGUUACUGAAAAUCCUCUAUAUCAAGCAAUUCUACCAUUUGCAAAGUAUUCCAAUGCUAAAGUUGAACAUGAGACCAAUGUCAUAUACUUUGUGUUUACAAGAUCUGGUCUUGUGUAUGUAGGACAAACUCGCUUUGGGAUAAUUGGGCGAUUUAAGGGACCAGGUAGUCAUUCCGAUUUUAGUCAUGUCAAACUCAUGGAGAUGGCAAAACUUAGAAUUUGGCAAACUGUUUCUGACUUUGUAUUGGGAAUGAUGUCACCAGAGGACAUUUAUGUGACGUCAAUAACCGUUGUUACAUAUUUCCCCCCAGAACCAUGUGGCGAAGAUAGCGAUGGAGAAAUCUUACUCGAAAACCAAGGCUUCUAUUCAACACUAAUCAACGGCUGCAACGACGAAAUACUACAAUCUUUCCAGAACCAAGAUGACGAAUCUGCAAGGCUAUUGGUGGAACGGUUGUUUAUUGGUUAUUGCCAUGCAUCAUAUAUCCCUUCUUUGAACUUGCAAAAAGGAUCAGAAAAAACACAAAAGAUCAGUGAUAACGAUUGCAAAUACAUUAUCGAAAAAUUGAGCAAUGCAUAA